AUGCCCGGUUUCAUUCCCAAGAAGUUCCCCGGCAAAGUUGCUGAGCCGAUGGUGCCUUUCUACGCUGCUGGUCUUAUUGUCCUGUAUGCCAUCAAUGCUGGUGCAAAUGCCAUGAUGAACUGUAAGCCCCAUCUCCUCUACCACCUCUCAUUACGGGAUUCCCGUUGA